GGGACAGGUCAGUGUGUGUACCUUCCUGUCCUGCUCUCUUCAUCGCUCUGUCAACACGGCGUCUGAUCAAAUCUCUCAGUUCGGGGUUUGAAUCUACGUAUAAAAGUCGUUUUGAACCCAAGCGGAGCAGCGACCGUCGAGGAGAAAGCGAAUGUCCCCGUUGUGCUGAGGCACUCCUCCCGCCAGGUGAGCUCGGGUGUGUCGGAGAAGAGUUUCCAUGGGGAAGCGGUUUGCCAACUUCUGUCGCAAAUCGAAGAAGGACGGAAACGAAGAGCUGGAGGACGUGUAACCCAUGCAGGCGCUCGUCAGAGCCAGCAGUCAUGUCCAUUGAAUAUACCAUCGAUAUCCAGCUGACGGAGCUGGGAUUUCCGGGUCUCCUGCAGCCGCCGGACACCUCAGUCCUAGAGGCGUCGAGUCACCCUGUCCCCUCUCUGUCCAACACACACAAAAGAAGACGGCUGUCACUGGAUGGCGAGGAAGUGGGUCCAGCUAAACGGACCACACAUGCAAGAAAACUAUCUCCUGCACAGAGUGUGCAAGAUGAUGACCAGUCUGCACACUUGGAGCUUUCAGACACCACAGUGGAGGUUCCCACCGCUGGACAGACAGACGACUCACCGCUGAUCAUUAACGAGAAAGAAGACGAACAGGAAAGUGUUCACAAUGGAGACGCUGCACAGGACGGUUCCACAGAGGAGCAGCAGGGUGUGGAGGAUGAGUCAGACGACAGUGAAGUCUCAGAUGUCUAUGAGGAAGAAGAGGUUGACGUAGAAGAGGACAAUGAGGAAGAAGACAGGCUAAACAAUGGGUCGAGUCCUUCAGACAGCUUCAGCUGCAGCGUCUGCAAUCUCCGGCUUCCCUCCAAAUUAGAGCUGCAGGACCAUAUGAACCUGCACACUGGAGCACGGCCAUAUUGUUGUGCUGAAUGUGGGAAGCGCUUCUGCCAGAUUUACAACUACCGAGUCCACCUGCGCGCCCACGCUCAGACCAAAGUGGGGCUACUCUUCUGCAGGGUUUGUCGUCUGAAUUUUCUAUCACAGGAGGAUCUGGAGGUCCACCUGUCGAAAACUCACUUUGAGAAAGAGUUCUACGAGUGUGACAUGUGUAAAAAGGUUUUUACAUCUAUGAAGUUGUGCGAGACUCAUGUGCGGUUAAACAAAUGUAUGCUCCCUGUUGUUUGUGAAGUGUGUGGCUGCCAUUUCACCUCUCCGAAAUCCCUUGUGCGCCACCGGAAGAAGCUGUGCCACCGCGCUUUGAAAUGCACAGACUGCUCAAGGACCUUCACUAGGAAGAAUGCUCUCCUGAAACACAGCUUCUCCCAUCUUGGUUUGCUGCCUUACACCUGCGUACGCUGCCGCUGCCACUUCCGCCUGGCAGCGCUGUACCGCAGACACAAGUGUGAACCUGAACGUAUUCACUGUGUGGCAUGUCUGAGAGAGUUUGUUAGUCAGCAGGACUUCAAGCAGCACAAAAAGGACACAGGCUGCUGGGGCAACCAGGAGCCCAAAGGGGAUGAGAUCAGGUGCUUGGAGUGCGGACAGAUGUUUGAUAGUACAGAAGAGCUUAAGAAACACGCCGGAGCUCACCAGCGGGUACUGAAAUGUGCUGAAUGUGGAAAGGGGUUCCGGUCAGCCUUGCUGUUGAUGUCCCACAUGGGCGGGCAUGCUGGUCAGUCCCCCUGCCUUUGUCAGAGCUGCGGACUUGGCUUUCCCCACCAGCAGAACUAUGACAGCCACCUCAAGACCUGUGGGAAAACGCCCAAGCCCGGGAGUGCGCCCAAAAAGCAUCAGGCUUCAAAGGCCUCUUCAUCUGAGAAAAAGAAGCUCGACGUCAAACCAGACUCAUCAAGUCCAGCAAAUGUAGUCGCCACGUUUGCUGCUGUUUCCAACAAACCUGCUGGACUUGUGGCAGAGGAUGUGUCCACUGGCUCUGGUCAACCAGACGGAUUAUGGAGUCUAACCCUUGACAAACAGCCGCCCCCCGGUGUGAACCUUGUUUUGUUUCUUCCCGUGUGUCCAACUGAAAGCAACGGCGGUCCCCUCUCACGUGCGAUUUCUCUACACCUGGGAGCGGAUACUGCUCUGGGAAGGCAGCAGAACACCCCUCUGGAUUUGGCAACUGGUAUUAGACAGGAUCCAGAAUGUGAAGGACCUUUGGAUUUGUCUAAGAAGUGUAACACAUCCAAGACUGCUCUGAGCGUCAUUCCUCUUCACACUGUUAAAAAUGAGCAUCAAGAAUUGGAAAUCUCAGGAGAGACUAAUGGUAUCGAAAAACAAGUUCGUAAAAGCAGUGACCCUGAAGCAACUGCUGCAACAAACCCAGGAGAGGCAGAUACUGAAGUGAAGCAGUGCUACAUGGACCAGAUGGAUCUCUCCCCUCUUAAUACUUCCUCUGAUCUAAUCAUCGAUAUUAAGAAAGAGCCUCAGUCUGAUGGCUCGGAUUGUGAUUUAGGGUCAGCGAAGUCCUGCUAGCUGAUUAACAGGAUGCCAGAGAAAGAAGUAAGAUUUAAGGGUUGAUGUUUCACACCCUGCAUGUUUGGAUAAGGAGAAGUCAAAUGUGUUGAAGGCAGGUCACAUUAUCUAGCCUUCAUAGGACUCGCCUGCUAUUUUUCUGUCCCCGUCAUUACAUAAAUGUGGAUAAAUGACAGGGCAGAAUUUCGUCUUCCAUGUGUAUGAGCCGAUUUAUAUCUCUAUCUGCCCCUCUAUUUGAUAACUGUAUGACUUCUGCUUUAAGAAAACACAUUUUUUGGUCUUAAAUCCUAAAAAAAAAUUCCGAUCUCAAUUUUUCUGAAUUUUAUUUCUGAGUAGGACUUGUGACUUGGGCCACCAGAGCAAAAUGGUACUGUAAUAAUCUUAUGUCUUUCCAGUAUACAUGGGUUUAUGGAUCUCUUAAGUUAAAUGAAAACACUGGGUUUCUUGGUAUUCAGCUGAAAACUUGAAAUGGACGCAUUUUUGUCUAUAUACAUUUUACCUUUAGUUCUAUUUUUAUGUAUUGUAUUGAUGAAUAAAUAAGUAAAUAACAGCACUUCUCAAUAAUAUUACAAUAAUACUUGAUAUUGAAAAGUUUGCAGGUAUGUUUGUUUUUCUAAAUGCUAAUAAACAUAUCUUUCAUGCACUA